AUGCCUCCAACAGGAGGACUGACUACCGAAGGUACAACUGGCGAAGACGGACUGCCGCGACAGAGCGCAAAAUCACUUGGUGUGCCGUCUCCUAGCGUAUUACCUUCUAACCCUAAUCCUAACGUAUCACCUGAGUCGUCAGAAAAACAGCUUGCAAUGCAGCAGCCUACGAUGCAACCAUCAAUGACUCCGCCUUCGGUUCAGUCUUCAGUGAUGCAGCCAUCAGUGCAGCAACCUACGCUGCCAUCGUUAGCGCAGCAAUCUUCCACUCAGUCGUUAGUACCUCCACUUCAGCAAAUUUCCCUGCAGAAUCCUCAAAUGCAGUGUCUCCGGGUGCAAUUUCCGCCGAUGCCGCAGAAUUCAACGCAGCAUCAGUCGUCUCAGCAUCUACCGGUAAUGCAGGUUCCAAGGCAGCCUGCUUCGGUGCAGAAGAUUCCAGCGCAGCAGCUUCCGGUACAGUCCACUCCGUGGCAACCUUAUCAGGUGCAACGAUCUCCAGUGCAGUAUCCACAUGUGCAGCAACCACCAGCGCAGUAUCCACAGGUGCAGUGUCAUCCGAUGAUGCAGUAUUCAGUUCAGGAUUUACCUAUGCGACAAUCCCAUAUACAGCAACCUCCGAUGCAGCAGCAUCCACUGUACUAUCUUCCUAUACAGCCGCCCCCAGCGCAGUACCCGCAAACGCAGCAGUCGACGAUCCAGCCUGAAGCACAAUUUGCACCGAUGCAGCAGUCAACGUAUCAGUCUCCUUUACAGCCGCUUCAAGCGCAAACUCCACCCACGCAGCAGUUUCUGAUGCAGCAGCCUUCAACUAAUAAUCCUCCGAGCUCUUGGGAAGAACCACCACCAGAUUGGAACCAGGACGAGGGAGAGUCGAUACCUACUCCACGACAACUUACAUCACGUCAAUCUUUGGCGCGCGAUCUUCCGACGUUCUCAGGCGAUCCAGCCGAAUGGCCGAUAUUUAUGUCCAAUUUUGAGUAUACGACGACGACAUGCGGUUACACUCACGGGGAGAACAUGGUUCGGCUCCAAAGAUGCCUGAGAGGCCGUGCACUGGAGAGCGUUCGAAGUCGUCUUGUAUUUCCGGCAGCAGUACCGCAGGUGAUAGAGACUCUACGAAUGAGAUAUGGGCGACCAGAGUUGCUUAUCAACGCUUUGCUGCAGAAAGUUAGAGCUAUGCCCGCCCCUCGAAGAGAUAAGCUUGAGGCUCUUAUCGAAUACGGGAUGGUCGUUCAAGAGCUGUGCGAUCAUAUUGAAGCAGCUAACGAGAGAGCGCAUUUGGCGAAUCCUACCCUACUACAGGAACUCGUCGGAAAGUUGCCUGCGGAUCAGAAAUUGAUGUGGGCCGGCUACAAGCGAGGACGUGCUGUAGUUGAUUUGAAAACCUUCAGUGACUAUAUGACUGGGGUGAUGCAAGACGCUUCAAGCGUAGUGCUGUAUGAAUCGGACCCACGAAAGAACACCGCAAGAGAGAAAUCGAAAGUGUACGUCAAUUCACAUAAGGCCGACGAGACAGCCACUACAACGACAACCCAGCUUAAGACCAGUAGGUGUUUACAUUGCGAGAAAGAAGGUCACAAGCUUCGCGAGUGCCAAGCGUUUAGAGCGCUCUCAAUCGAUGAUCGAUGGCGACGGGUUAGGGCACUAACCUUGUGUCAAAUUUGUCUGUAUGGACACGGCAGAAGAGCAUGCCGUAUUAGCAGCAAGUGCAACGUAAACGGUUGUCAGUUCAAACACCAUCCAUUGCUGCACGGGAAAGCAACGACACCAGUAACGCAAUUAGCGAAUAUCAAUACCCAUCGGCCCCAGGAUUCCGGUGUUUUGUUCCGGAUCUUACCCGUGACGUUGUACGGGAAGUCGGGCCAGGUCAACACCUUUGCUUUUUUGGACGAGGGGUCAUCAUUAACCCUGGUCGAGGGCGGUCUGGUAGCGCAGCUUGGCAUAGCAGGAGACUCGCAACCACUUUGUCUGAGGUGGACCGGAAAUACGUCGAGAGUAGAGAAGAAUUCAAAGACGGUGACGAUUACUGUUUCGGGAUUGGAACCACAGCGUCGUUACCAAUUAGUGAAUGCCCGUACGGUACAGAAUUUGGACUUACCGAUGCAAUCCUUCGAUGUAGAGAGGGCAACAAAGAGGUUUGCUCACCUGAGGCAGUUGCCGAUUCAAAGCUACCAUAACGCUAGACCAGCAAUUCUCAUCGGGUUAGACAACCUGAAGCUGGCAGUGCCGUUGAAGACGAGAGAGGGAGAUGGAUCCGGACCGAUCGCUGCCAAAACGCGAUUAGGAUGGUGUGUCUACGGACGUCAAGGUUCGCAGGUCAACGAAGGAUUCAGCUUCCAUAUCUGCGGCUGCAACAGGGACGACGAGCUACAUGAAGCUGUUAAACAGUUCUUUGCUGUGGAGGAGAGUGGAGUAAGGCAGCUUGGGGACUGUCUCAGCGCGGAAGAACAGCGAGCUCAAGAAAUGCUGGAAAAAACGACGAAGCGUAUCGGCCGACACUACGAAACAGGUUUACUGUGGACGGAAGAAGAAAUAGAGUUACCUGACAGCUACGGUAUGGCAUUGCAAAGGCAUCAGUGUCUACAACGAAGGAUGGACCGCAACCCAGCUCUACGUGAGAAUAUCAGUCGUCAAAUAAAAGAGUACGUAGAAAAGGGUUAUGCACAUAGAGCGACGCCGGCCGAAUUGGAGAAUGCGAACCCCAGGAAAGCUUGGUUUUUACCAUUGGGAGCAGUUACGAACCCAAACAAACCUGGAAAGGUGCGACUCAUCUGGGAUGCAGCGGCGAAGGCCUCCGGUGUAUCACUGAACAGUGUACUGCUGAAAGGACCGGACCAGCUUACCCUCUUACCCGCUGUACUUUUCCGCUUUCGUCUGUACUAUAUUGCUGUUAGUGCAGACAUAGAACAAAUGUUCCACCAAUUGGGUAUAAUACAGGAUGACAAAAACUCAUUACGCUUUCUGUGGAGCGAUACUGCGGAUGGGCCGGUCCAAAUCUACCUGAUGGACGUUGCGACGUUCGGUGCUACGUGCUCACCUGCUUCGGCGCAGUACGUCAAAAACGUGAAUGCCCAGGAACACAUCAUGCAAUACCCAAGAGCUGUCGAAGGAAUUUUAAAGAGCCACUAUGUCGACGAUUACCUCGACAGUUUCGGCACCGAAACGCAAGCGGUGAAGGUUUCGGCAGAAGUACGGCUGAUUCAUCACAACGGAGGAUUCCAUCUACGAAACUGGAGAUCAAACAGUGAAAGGGUCCUAACGGAACUCGGAGAACCAGCGGUAAUAGACAGCAAGAACCUUAACCUAGAUUGCGGCGAACAAGUGGAUCGCGUGCUUGGAAUGCUGUGGACCUCAAGCUCUGACGAAUUGAGCUUCUCCACCCGUAUGAGCGAUGAAGUUACGAACCUUCUGCACCAUGACACCCGGCCGACGAAACGUCAGGUACUACGGUGCUUAUCGCUUAUCCAAGAAUUGUGGCGAGCUGGAACGCAGUGGGAUGAAACAGUAAGCGAUGAAGUGUUCGAAAACUGGAACCGCUGGACAAGGAUGAUAGAGUUCAUUUCAACAUUGAGAAUACCCAGAUGUUAUUUUCCCCGAGCCACAGAAGACACGUAUGAGGAUGCUCAGCUUCACGUAUUUGUCGAUGCAAGUGAGAUUGCUUAUUCGUGUGCAGCUUAUAUCCGAACGACCGUAGGCGACUGUGUGUUAGUUUCCGGAAAAUCCAAGGUAGCUCCGCUAAAACCGAUGUCCAUCCCGAGGCUCGAGCUGCAAGCAUGCGUCCUUGGGGCGCAUCUUCUUAAAUUCGUGCAAGACAAUCAUCCGGUUGUGUUCUCCAAGAGAUUCCUUUGGACAGACUCUUCGACAGCAAGAUCUUGGAUACGGUCGGACCCGCGACGCUACAAACCCUUCGUAGCUCAUCGGGUAGGCGAGAUAUUGGAGAUCACGGAUGUCAGUGAAUGGCGGUGGGUACCGUCCAAACUUAACCCUGCAGAUGAAGCUACCAAGUGGGGCCGAGGACCUUAUUUCCACUCAGAUAGCCAAUGGUUUAACGGGCCGGAUUUCCUGCGACUUCCCGAGGAGAAAUGGCCGCAAAUGACUGGAACGGUGGAGGUGACAACCGAAGAUGCUAGACCUUCGGUGUUGUUUCAUUUCGCGAUGGAACCAGUGCUGGAUUUCGAACGAUUUUCGACCUGGAAGAGGAUGUUACGCACUACGGCUUACGUUCUACGUUUCUUCUUCAACAUCUCUAAACCGGAACAGAAGCGGUGCGGAUCCCUUACACAAGCUGAACUGCUCGACGCUGAACGGACGAUAAUGAAGCUGGUCCAACGAGAAAGCUAUCCAGACGAAACGGCGGUUCUUGAACAGGGAGAUUCUCAACAAAAAGGUCAUGGGUCCAUUGAUCGAAACAGCAAGCUGUACCAAUUAAUGCCCGCAGUAGAUGAAAAUGGUUUGCUGAGGCAACAAAGUCGUGUAGCUGCGGCAAAAGAAUUGGAAUUCGAUGCCCGGUUUCCAUUCAUCCUGCCACCAAAGCACCGAGCAGUGAGACUUCUGGUGGAAGAUUAUCAUCGUCGCUAUCGACAUGCGAACAACGAAACCGUCGUUAACGAACUGCGCCAGCGCUUUACCAUCUCGAGUCUACGUCAGCUUGUUAAGUCAGUGGUCUAUAAGUGUCAGCUGUGCAAGAUCCGCAAGGCACGUCCCAGCAAUCCACCGAUGGCGGCACUUCCUCCAGCCCGCCUAGCGAUGCAUUACCGUCCGUUCACCUACGUAGGCCUGGAUUAUUUUGGCCCGUUCCUGACGAAAGUUGGAAGAUCGAACGUGAAGAGAUGGAUCGCCCUCUUUACGUGUCUCACCGUUCGGGCUGUUCAUCUUGAAGUUGCCUAUAGUCUGUCAACGGCUUCCUGUAUCUCCUGCGUACGACGAUUCGUCGGUCGUCGAGGGUCGCCAAUGGAAAUUUUUAGCGACAACGGUACGAACUUCCAAGGUGCGGAACGUAUACUUCGUGAGCAGAUCGACAAAGAGUUGUCUGUGACAUUCACCAGCACAACGACGAAGUGGAGUUUCAUACCUCCCGGGGCUCCACACAUGGGGGGCGCUUGGGAAAGGUUGGUACGGUCUGUCAAGUCGGCUAUGAAGGAUGCAUACAUGGAGGGGAAAUUAAACGAUGAAGAACUUUUAACGCUGGUUGUAGAAGCGGAGAGAACGGUUAAUUCGAGGCCUCUGACAUACUUACCCCUUGACUCCGAGGAGUCAGAAGCUUUAACACCCAAUCACUUCCUUUUGGGAAAUUCUAGUGGAGCGAAGCAGACUGGUGUGGGGAUUAGCGAAUCCCAAAAUAAUUUGCGGGAAACCUGGGGUGGAAUUCAACGGCAACUGGACAAGUUCUGGCAGCGUUUUCUGAUCGAAUAUCUACCGGUCAUCCGUAGGCAACCAAAAUGGUUCGCCGAAACCAAACCUUUGCAGGUCGGCGAUCUAGUGCUGGUUGCAGACGGAGGAAAGCGCAACGAAUGGGCCCGAGGCAAAGUGACCCAGGUCUUCCAAGGCUGUGACGGCAAGAUUCGGCAAGCCUUAGUGCGAACGCAACAGGGAAUCUUCAGGCGGCCGACAUCAAAACUCGCCGUGCUCGACGUGGAUGCUCGUGCUGUCCCAGGAGACGGUGGGAAGCACCGGGGGGAGGAUGUUGACAACGGUACCGUCGAGCUGGCCACCCUGUCUCUACCGGUUCCACCGCUUGAACGAUAA